CGGCGGUGGCGGCGGCGAUCCUCAGUGUCCGCUCGGCUCCGGCUGCGGCUCCCGCCAGCGAUGCCCCACUCCGUGACCCUGCGCGGCCCUUCGCCCUGGGGCUUCCGCCUGGUGGGCGGCCGGGACUUCAGCGCGCCCCUCACCAUCUCGCGGGUCCAUGCUGGCAGCAAGGCUGCCCUGGCUGCCCUGUGCCCUGGGGACCUGAUUCAGGCCAUCAAUGGUGAGAGUACAGAGCUCAUGACGCACCUGGAGGCGCAGAACCGCAUCAAGGGCUGCCACGACCACCUCACGCUCUCCGUGAGCAGGCCUGAAGGCAGGAGCUGGCCCAGUGCCCCAGAGGAUAGCAAGGCUCAGGCACACAGGAUCCACAUCGAUCCCGAGAUCCAGGAUGGCAGUCCGAUGACCAGCAGGCGGCCCUCAGCCACAGGGAUUGGUCCAGAAGAUGGCAGGCCAGACCUGGGAUCUCCUUAUGGGCAGUCACCUCUCCUCUCAGUCCCUCACAACGGCAGCGGCAGUGAGGCCACCUUACUGGCCCAGAUGAGCACCAUGCAUGUGUCUCCACCCCACAGCACUGACCCAGGCAGAGGCCUCCCGCGGAGCCGCGACUGCGGAGCCCACCGGGGCUCGGAGGUGUACCGGAUGCUGCAGGAGCCUGCCGAGCCCCUCGCGCCCGCCGAGCCCAAGCAGUCAGGUUCCUUCCGCUACCUGCAGGGCAUGCUGGAGGCUGGCGAGGGCGGGGAGCGGCAGGGACCUGGCAGCCCCCGGAACCUGAAGCCCACGGCCAGCAAGCUGGGAGCCCCGCUGAGUGGCCUGCAGGGGCUGCCCGAGUGCACACGCUGCGGCCACGGCAUCGUGGGUACCAUCGUCAAGGCGCGGGACAAGCUGUACCACCCCGAGUGCUUCAUGUGCAGCGACUGCGGCCUGAACCUCAAGCAGCGGGGUUACUUUUUUCUGGAUGAGCGGCUGUACUGCGAGAACCACGCCAAGGCGCGCGUCAAGCCUCCGGAGGGCUAUGACGUGGUGGCAGUGUACCCCAAUGCCAAGGUGGAGCUCGUCUGAGCUGCUCCUGUAACCCCACCCCCCACCUCUGCUUCUUUCAGUGCCCCGUGCGGCCCGUGUAAAUAUGCGUUUGCCCCUGCCUCUCUAAUAAACUCCCUCUGCUGGG